AAUGUUGACAGGUGUUUGUCUAUCAUCAUCCACUGUCCUGAGGGGUGCACAUAUUUGCUCUCAUGCCUGGGUCCAGUCCAGUAUAAUAGGGUGGCAAUCAAUUGUGGGGAAGUGGGUGAGGAUGGAGAGUGUGUCAGUACUGGGUGAAGAUGUCAUCAUUCAGGAUGAACUGUAUGUCAAUGGAGCUCGCAUCUUGCCUCACAAGAACAUCACUGUCUCCAGCCCUGACCCUCAAAUUAUCAUGUAGAUUAUAUUUUUUCAAGAUAAUUAUAGUACAAA